CAUUCUUUUAGCCUGUAUUAUUAGUAGACCUAUUAUUACUCACUUUUGUUCCUCAAACAGAAGAGCGGGAAAACGCACAGAGCAAGAACAGAAUGGCGCCAUUGCUGCAGAGCUCUCAACCUUGGGUCGAGAAAUACCGACCGAGGCGAGUGAAUGAAGUUGCGCAUCAAGAUGAGGUUGUUCGAGUCCUUACCAACACGCUCGAGACCACUAAUUGUCCGCACAUGCUGUUUUAUGGUCCACCUGGAACCGGAAAAACUACCACUGCACUUGCCAUUGCUCAUCAGCUUUACGGUCCUGAACUCUACAAGUCAAGGGUUCUUGAGCUCAACGCUAGUGAUGAUCGUGGAAUCAAUGUAGUUCGAACUAAGAUAAAGAAUUUUGCUGCAGUUGCCGUUGGUUCUGCUCAUCAAGGGGGUUAUCCUUGCCCGCCUUUUAAAAUUAUAAUCCUCGAUGAGGCAGAUUCAAUGACUGAAGAUGCACAGAAUGCUUUACGUCGUACUAUGGAAACCUACUCAAAAGUAACACGAUUCUUCUUUAUAUGCAAUUACAUCAGCAGGAUUAUAGAACCUCUUGCUUCUAGAUGUGCAAAAUUCAGGUUCAAGCCACUCUCAGAAGAUAUCAUGAGCACUCGUAUACUGCAUAUUUGUACAGAAGAGGGCCUUAACUUGGACUCAGAGGCUCUCUCAACCUUAAGUUCCAUAUCUCAAGGAGAUCUUCGUCGCGCUAUAACUUUCCUGCAGGGAGCUGCUCGCCUGUUUGGAUCUUCAAUUUCUUCCAAGGAUUUGAUUAGCGUUUCUGGGGUCAUCCCGCAUGAAGUUGUUCAAGCUCUUCUUGCAGCUUGUAAAAGCGGAUCAUUUGAUAAUGCAAACAAAGAAGUCAAUAAUGUUAUUGCAGAGGGGUAUCCCGUCAGUCAGAUGCUUUCUCAGUUGUUUGACAUGGUGGUUGAAUCUGAAGAUACUUCUGAUGAACAAAAAGCAAGAAUAUGCAAAAAAUUUGGUGAAACAGAUAAGUGUCUUGUUGAUGGAGCGGAUGAGUAUUUGCAACUGUUGGCUGCUUGCAGCUCUAUGAUCAAAGCGUAUUCAAACAUGCCUGAAGUAUAUUCCAACGACAUGUAGUGUGUUUCUUCGUCAUAUUAACUAUGAGCCCCGGAUAUUUUUGUGUCUGGUUGUAACAUGUAUGGUGUUAUGAUUGUCAUGCGCUGUCUAAUGUUUUAACAUAAUCAUGCACGUUGGGACUAGAAUUGAAUUGACCAGGCAAAAGUAACUUAGACGUGUGGUUACGCUGUUGGGCCAAAACGGUUUGAUAUGUAUGUUUAUCCGGGAUGUUAAGAGGUAGAAAUUUAGACCUGUUCGUUUCGUUUAACUAUGCUGUUGGGCCAAAA